UAAAAUAGUUUCGAGUUCAACCAGCUGUCAAAAGUAGUUUAAAAACAAUGACAAAAUUUUUCGUAACAUUGGCAAUUUUGUGUGCUUUUGGUGCUGUAGCAGUUAAUGCUUUCGAUAAGGCAGAAGCUUUUGAAAAAUUUAUGAAUAAUUUGAAAGAAUGUAAAGAGGAAGUUGGCGCACAAGAUUCUGAUUUUGAAGAAAUGGUUUCUAAUAAACCUGCUUCUACUAAGGAAGGCAAAUGUUUACGUUCAUGCAUCAUGAAGAAAUGUGGUCUGAUGGACGGUAAUGGAAAAUUCGAUAAAGAUGCCGCAAUAGCGAAAGCUGAACAAGUUACCGGUGGUGCUGAAGAUAAAAUGAAAAUAGCUCAUGAAAUAAUUGAUGCUUGCAGUGGCAUCGAAGUGUCUGAUGAUGAGUGUGAAGCUGCCGAACAAUAUGGUGAAUGUGUCCAAAAACAAAUUGAGGCACAUGGUAUUAAAGAAGAAGAUUUUAUGAAUUGAAAAUUUCAUGUAAAUAUGUAAACUAUAUAGACAAAUGAUUUGAAAUUACAAUAAAUUUAUAUCUGCAAAAAAAUGA